GCAUUGAUGCAGCUGGUGGAUGUCCAGAAAGAAAUCGAGACUCAACAAAUGAAUAUUCUGAAAGCCUUCUACGUCGACCUGAUCGUUCCCUUGGAGUCCAACAUCGAAAAAGACGCCAAGGUCGUCGCUAGUGAGCAGAAAAGGUUUCUGCAGCAGAACAAGACGCAUCAGGAGGCUUACCUCAAGGUCGCAUCCGUAAUCAAGAAGCAGAGAAAGAAAAACAGAUCUAGUCGGGGUGGUAACGUCGAUAAGGAAAUCAAGCAAAUGCAGGCACUCGAAGAAGAGAAGGGAAAACUGGAUGGCUUUUGCGAAAGCAGCUUGAAACAGGCAAUUACACAAGAAAGGCGCCGCUUUGGGUUCGUCCUGGAGAGGCAAUGUUCCCUAGUCAAACAUUACCUGGCUUACACCGCUAAGGGCCACGCGCUGCUCCAGCACAACGUGGAAGGCUGGUUAGACAUCGUCAGAACGCGCGAGACCCUACCUGAGUCCAUCGGCAAGAUCUUCAGGGACGUCCCUGAAUUCAGGCUUCCGGUGCACAGCAGCAGCGAGUACGCGUGUUCGGGCAUCCUGUCCGACCCGGAGUCUUCGACGUCGUCCCUGCGCCAGAGCACGUCCCUGUACGGUGGCGUGCUGGGCAGCAACCUGCUCCGCAAGACUCGAAGCACGGAUGCCAGCUGCCUGGACCUGCGCAGCCUCUCCGGGGGCGUGGAGACCACCGCCUUCAUCAGGCCCAUCUCGAGGGCCAAGUCGGACUUCAACCUGGCCUCGUCCACGGCCAGUCUUGACUCCGGAGAGUACGUGAAUCCUACGAGGACCAAAGGCAGUCUGAGCCCCGAGCUGGGUCCGGCAGACAGACCCCGGGUUCGGGCCCUCUACUCCUACCUGUCGAGCGGAGAACACCAGCUGAGCUUCCACGAGGGUGACGUCAUCGUCCUCGUGGGAUCGCGCAACGGCGGGUGGCAGUACGGCGUCAAUCUGCGGAACAACAGGUGCGGAUGGUUCCCGAUAGCCUACACAGAACCGCACGACUUUGGAGACAUAUCAGACUUCGAAAGCUUCAUUAGCGGCUCAGACAGCUCCCCGGCUGUCCCUUCAUCGUCCUCCGAGUCCUCUGGAGGUUCAACGGGUGUCAGUCACCGCUGGCGGCCGCAGAGCUUCGGAGCGUCCCAGGACGUGGCGUUCCGCGUGGGCCUGCCCUCGGCCCCAGCGCCUCGUCGUCCUUUAUCGAGCUUUGCAGACACCUACCUCUUCCGCCAGCCACCGUCGCCCUUCCACCUACGGCUGGACACCGGUGGCCCAGCCGAGUCCGCCGCCCAGCCCCAUCAUCGAGGGCUACAACCCCGUCCUUCUUCAGCCACGCUUCAACCAGCCACCGCCCUUUAUGGGCCCGCGAACCCCACCGCCGCCGCCUCCGCCACCGAGCCUGCCGGAAGAUUCGGAGCCGGAGGACCUGCCGCCACCACCGUGGCAGCGGGAACCCCGACCAGCACGGACCACCACCUCCGCCCAGCCGGUUCCUCCUCCGCCGCCUCCACCCCCGCUUCCGGCGCAGCACCAGCCACCAUCCACCCUCUCCACCACCACCUUCCGGGAGGCGUCGCGCUGAGGCCACCCCGGAGGUCCAUGACGUCGCCAUUCCCGUUCCCGAUGCUGCCGCCAAGGUUGCCGCCUUCCACGAGUCUCCACAGCAGCAGCGACAGCGGCUUCUGCAAUGACUCCUCCGGGCAGGGUAGUAGCACUGGAGGGGGUGGGGGCGGCGACAAGGUGACGCCGUCCUGUUCUUCGUCGGCUGAAGAGGUCGAAGAGGAGAAGGCUGAGGGCGAGGUGGAGAGGAGUAAGGAGGAAGAGGAGGAGGAGGAAAGGGAGAAGGCGGAGGCGGCGGAAGAGGCGGAGGACGUUGUGGAGGAGGAACUGAGGGAAAACGCUUUUUCCUCCGUCAAGCUGAAGAAGGUGCUAACCAAUGACAGGUCAGCGCCCAUGAUCACGUGAUUAUGGCUGGCCAACCGUGCAAUCCCGGCAACGCAGCAGCAGCAACAUUCCAGGGAUGAAGUGCAUUUUUCAUUAGGGCCACGCGUGAUGGCCGCGGAAUGCCAGGUUACUAAUAUAUGCGGUUACUUUGUUGAUUUGUACGACGUGUUGGGAGACUUUUUACUAAUAAUAAAAUGGCAACAAGACUCUCCUA